UCAGGUAUGUAUACAGGAUAAGGAUAUCGUGAAUACAUUACACUUUAAAAAAAUAAGAUCAAAACUUCUAUAUUGAUUUUAACUUGUUGUUAUCACCUUGAAAAAUUGUCAUUGUAACUUUGAAAUAUGGAACUUUUAAGUAAAUUCGCGUUAUUUACUUCACAUAAUUUAUAUACUAACGUUCUUUUUUAAUUCUAACAAAUAGUAUAAUACAUGAGUACAAUAGUAUAAUACAUGAAUUAUUCAGAAACUGACCAAAUAUAUUGGAUGAUGCAAUUUAAGCGAAUGAUCUAUAAAUAAACUGAUCUCUGCAACGCAUAUAAUAUAAUGACUUUACAUACCUUGUCUAUGCAUUUUAAUCUUAUUGUUAGUUUAAUUCGUCAAUAUUUCUGGAAAAUUGCCUCAAAUGUAUUGCCGGUGACGCUAAUUUAUCAGCGAUUUUGUAAUUGUGUAGUCGUAACUGUUAGCAGUGGAGUGUCAUUUGUAUUAUCUUCGAUAUUGACAGUACUAUUGUUUUCUGGAAUGCAAAUGUACAAAGUUUGGCUUGGUUCAUCACAGUUGGGAACUGUAUUAGGAGGAUGGGUCGGAUCAUUAUUGUUCAUGUGUACAUUAACUGCUGUUGGAAAUCUUGAAAGCACUUUAUUUGGAAAGUCCUUUCAACAGAAAUUACUUCCAGAAGUGGUUUUCUCACUGACUUUAAGUCUGAUUGCUUCUGCUCUGAUUCAUCGUGUAUCUACUACAACAUGUUUAAUAUUUUCUAUGAUUGCACUCUAUUACAUGAAUCGUAUUUCUCAAGAAACAUAUGGUGUAUCUAUACAAAAUCCAGUAGUACAUUCUAAGAAACGCAAAUGAAUAUAUUUGUGUAUAUAUACUCUUUUUUUUUUAUAUAUUAUAUAAUGCAUCUCACAUAAAA